GCUAGACUAGAUUCUACUUCCGACUCCCGUUUAACUUUUUGUUUCUAUGACCUACAGUCAGUGUCUGUAUACCACAUUCAAGAUGCCUGUAACGCUGCCAGCUCCAAAGCUAAAUGUCUCUCCACUUAUAAGGUUUUCCAGGUGGACGGCCCUCUUUUCAGGCAUUGUUUAUGGAGUAUAUAGAUAUAAAUACUUGGCUCACAGGGAAAUAGAGAUACAGAAGCACGAGAAUGCUAUUAAAGAAAAACAUAGAGUCAAGAUGGAGGCAAUUAAAAAGGAAAAAGAAAAUGCUGAAAUGAGUGCAUUGGGAAAAGAGGCUGGAGUUGUCUAAAUACUUGUGUACCAAAAUACUGGCUGUCUUGUUUUGUGGAUGAGUUGUUUAAUAACCUGAAUAUUUAUAAGUUUUACAGGAUAGUAUGCAUUAAACAAAGUUUAACAGUA